GCACUGUUUGGAAUGCAGGUGAACAUUCGUCUAUUUUUACCUCUUCCUCUCUUGCCCAGACUUGCACGUCCUAGAAUAUCUCAAAAGCAUGAAGUGGGACCAUUGGCUUGUCAUAUCCAUUGACAAUGACCAGGCCAGGUCUGAGCGUCGUGUUGAAUCAAACUAGCAGUGACGGCCAAGUCUACGCAUGCUGGAUAUGACGUCUAUUCCCCACCACCACCGCCUUGCAGUCCUCCGCGCACACGACAUGAAACGAAUGCCAACGUGAACAGGCCAGGCUGGGUAAAACUGCAGAAGAGAAUAUGAUACGACAGUUCCAGAACAAUAUCAACAGCUGACAAGAGGCUCGAGCCAUCCCCUCCAACUUAGUCAUGCUCGUAUAACACCACCCACAUCCAUAUCCAUCCCCGCAUCACUCGACAAGACCAGACCAGACCACUGCACAUCACCAUGUCCCCCACGCAAGAAGACGACCACGAAGCCACCAAGCUCGCCACCCUCCUCACAACCGACAUCCGCACGGUACUUCCUCCACAGCCAACAGGGGCCAUACUCUCCCAGCGCCCGUUCGUCUCCAUCCCAGGCCUCUUCAACCUGCGCGACCUCAGCACGCCCCAAGAUGAUGGUCCCCCCGCAAUCCGCCCGGGCUUCAUCUACCGCUCCGGCGCCUUGACACACAUCACGCCGGCUGGUAAAACCGCCCUCGUUGAUACCCUCCAUCUAGGUACAAUCUUCGACCUGCGUCGGCCGGAGGAGCGCGAGCGCGCCCCCAGCCCUGACAUCCCCGGCGUCGAGACAAUCUGGACGCCGUACGCGUUCACGCCCAUGCCUGUUAAUCCGCGCGAUUUUGCAGGACCGGAUGGUGGCGUCUCCGGGUUCGUCAAGAUGUAUGUUGCGGUGCUGGAGUGCGCUGAGCCGGCGUUCAAGGCGGUGUUUCAGCAGAUACGGGACCACCCGGAGCGGCCUAUUCUAGUUCAUUGUUCAGCCGGAAAGGACCGCACGGGCGUCAUCGCCGCCCUUAUUGAAAAACUAGCCGGCUACUCCGACGACGCCAUCGUGUACGACUACCUCCUCACACGGAUCGGGAUUGAGCCUGCGCGCCCGGCACUGCUGGGGUUCCUGCGGGGACAGGUCGGGGCGCCGGUGCCGGAAGAGAUGCCGGGGUUAGUGGAGCUGUGCGGUGUGCAGGCGGCGGCGAUGAGGGGGUUCCUGAAAGUGCUGGACGAAACGUUCGAGGAGGGUGUUGUUGGGUAUUUGACUAUUCGACUGGGGUUUUCGGACGAGGAUGUGGAGGUGAUACGGAGGAACUUGGCUCAUUACUCUGAGGAUCAAGUUUCAAACCCUACUAGAUAGUAUAGUAUCCCCCGCGAGCGCAGCAUACAACCCGACCAAAGACAACAGAAGACAAUACAAUCUACAAUGAAGAAACAACAGACUCAAAACAAACCAGCUAAAUUCACCUAGCUGAAUAGACAAAUAUAAAAGAUCUAAACAGGAACCUCCCUCUUCUCCACAUACUGCAGCACCCCAAACGCCUCCUUCACACCCUGCGUCUCCACAACCCUCUUAUACCACUCCAUCGCCUUAGGGAACUUCUCCCUAAUCUCCCUAUCAAUAGCAGUCGAGAAGCCCCAAACCAGCGCACUCGCCACCGUAAUAUCCCCCAGACUAACCUUCUCCCCACCGGCAAGCCACUCCUGCCCCUCAAGCGCCUUCUCCAGCGUACGGAACGCCCUCUCAAUCUUCCCAACAGCCGCCUCCUCCACAGCGGCAUCAAAAGCGCGAUACUUCAUCCGCGGCAACACAAGGUCAAUAACAGGGUUCUGGACGUCGCCGUCCGCAAAGCAGAU